CUUCCUCUCUCUAAAAUCUAUACAAGCAAACCAGGUUUCUGACUUUGAGCCUCAUGUUGUGUCGUUUGCUGACCCUGAGGGUGGAGCCAGGAGACCUGACUUCUCUCCUUUUCUGUUCAAUCCCUUUGUAGAUCAGCAUCCCCAGAUCACACCUGUAUUAAGUCAAAGACCACGGACCCAAUGGUCAUCUUCUUUACCAGCGGCACCACCGGCUUCCCCAAGAUGGCAAAGCACAGCCAUGGACUUUCCUUGCGACACUCCUUCCCUUCAUGCAGGAAAUUACUGCAGCUGAAGGCCUCUGAUGUCUUCUGGUGCCUGUCAGAUCCAGGCUGGAUUUUGGCUAUCAUGGGGACCCUGUUUGAACCAUGGACAGCAGGGUCUACAGUCUUCAUCCACCAUCUGCCCCAGUUUGACCCUAAGGUCAUUGUAGAGACACUCUUUAAAUACCCCAUCACCCAGUGCAUUGCUGCGCCCUCUGUAUAUCGAAUGAUUCUGCAAGAGAAUUUUGGCAGCCUCAGGUUCCCCACUCUGGAGCAUUGCACUGCUGGCGGGGAGGCCGUGCUGCCCGAGGAGCAAGAGAAGUGGAGACAACGGACAGGCCUUCUGGUCCACCAGGUCUACGGACAGUCAGAAACGGGAUUCACAUGCGCCACCCUCCGGGGAUCACAGGUCAAGCCUGGUUCCAUGGGGAAAGCCAUCCCACCCUUCGAUGUCCAGAUCAUCGACGACGACGAGGGCAACAUCCUGCCGCCCAACACUGAGGGCAACCUUGGCAUCAGGAUCAAGCCCACCAAGCCCAUCGGCCUGUUCAUGUUGUAUGAGAAUGACCCAGUGAAGACAGCCAAAGUGGAGUGUGGGGACUUUUACAACACUGGGGACAAAGCAACUAUAGAUGAAGAGGGCUACAUCUGGUUCCUGGGGAGGGACGAUGACAUCAUCAACGCCUCUGGGUACCGCAUUGGGCCGGCAGAGGUGGAGAGCGCCCUGGCUGAGCAUCCGGCGGUGGCUGAGUCAGCUGUGGUGAGCAGCCCGGACCCGAUCCGAGGGCAGGUGGUGAAGGCCUUCAUUGUCCGGACCCCACAGUUUCUGUCCCAUGACCCGGACCAGCUCGCCAAGGAGCUGCAGGAGCACGUGAAGGCAGUGACAGCCCCGUACAAGUACCCGAGGAAGGUGGAGUUUGUCCCCGAGCUGCCCAAAACACUACUGGCAAGAUCAAAAGGAGUGAACUUCGGGAAAAGGAGUUUGGUCAGAUGCAACGGCAGUAAAUUCAGCAUCCCUUCUGGGUGUGACCUUGGGCACACCCUGGCUGCCUCGGUGCCCCCACAUGGCGGGGCGAGGGGGGCUGUUGAGGGCUGAUGGGGAAGGGCCCAGGACGGCCAGCAUUCCCGCAUUUCUGUCCUUUUAAGUGAACAUCAGUCACUACCCAGCCUCCAAGGCCCUUGUUCCUUUGGAUGCCCAGGCGGGCGCUCAGAUCGGGGCUGAAGAUAAUAAAGUGCUGACAUUGA